AUGUCAGUGGUGUUGCUUCUGGUAACUUUAUUGUGUAGUUCGGUGCGCGCUUUGUAUUUCCAUAUCGCUGAAACUGAGCGGAAAUGUUUCAUUGAGGAAAUACCUGAUGAAACAACUGUGAUUGGUAAUUACAAAGUGAUGUUAUAUGACCCGAACACGAAAGGUUAUGGUGAGUAUCCGCGAAUUGGGAUGCAUGUCGAAGUUAAAGAUCCAGAAGAUAAGGUAAUCUUGUCAAAAUUAUAUACCAGUGAAGGACGAUUUACAUUUACCUCCCACUCACCUGGUGAACAUUUCAUCUGCUUAUAUUCGAAUUCAACAUCUUGGUUUAGCGGCGCACAGUUGCGGGUAUACCUUGACAUUCAGACUGGUGAACACACUCAGGACUACGAACAAGUAGCCGCAAAAGAUAAGUUGAAUGAAUUACAACUGCGAGUUAGGCAGUUACUUGAUCAGGUUGAACAGAUUUCGAAGGAACAGAACUAUCAACGGUACAGGGAAGAACGUUUCCGGCAGACAAGCGAAAAUACGAAUUCACGAGUGCUGUGGUGGUCGAUUGCACAAACAAUUGUACUAUUAUUAACCGGAGCUUGGCAAAUGCGUCAUUUGAAGGGAUUCUUUGAAGCUAAAAAACUUGUUUAA